CUCGCCGCGUACCCAGUCUGCACCCUGACCAUCCUCCGCCUUGCAGCCGAAGGGCAGACAGACAGACAGACAGACAGACAGAGAGGAGCCCCGCCAGGAGGAGCCACUCCACCAAUCGCUCCCGAAGCUCCUACCCCGCACUCCCCCUCGGCCUCAGCUCCCCUGCCCUGUUGCCCAUCGUGGAGGGCCAUCACAGGGCGAGCGGUAUAUCUCUUCUGAUUCCUCCUCCUCCUCCUCCUCCUCAAUCUCCUCCAUCUGCUCUGUCCUCCCCGCCUCCUGUCCACCCUACCCGUGCACGACGCUUCCACUUCUUUGCCGGACAGGGCCCUCAUCAAUCCUCGUCACGAAAGCACAGUCACCAAGACAAGAUGCCACAGAGGAGCUACAGCCAACACGAGGGGAUGAAGAUCGAAGAGGAUGACAUUGUUCAUGCCGGAUAUGUGCUCAAGAAGAAGAGGAAGAAGAUGCAAGGCUAUGCCAAGCGCUUCCUCAUCCUCACCAAACAGGGCAACCUCACCUACGCCGUGAGCAGGGACAAGCCCAUUCGAGAUUCCAUCAAUGUCCCCAAUGCCAGCGUCACCAGCAGCAAGAGGAAUGGUACUCUACACGUAGACAGCGGCCAGGCCGUCUUUCAUCUCAAGAUGCUGAGCGCUGCAGACUUUGACCUCUGGCACAGUCACUUGCGCUCCUUCAUUCCAGAGCAGUCUUUCGGUUCUGACCAAAAGAUCUACGUCUCAUCAAACGGCGGCUCAGACGUCUCUCCAGUCGACCUCUCUCCCGUCUUUAAUUCCUGCAUCACCGUCGGGAAGCUCGUACAAGAGGUGCAGGCUCAAGUAGGCAAUUUCAAAAAGGCCAGUCAGAGCAGCGGCGGUAUCGUCGAGAGCAUGACCAACCUGGGUCGACCGAGCAAGAGCGACGAGGCCCUCGAAGCCCUCUCCAAUGUUGCCGAGCAGCUGGCAGCGGAGCACGCCAACCUGACCUUUGCGCUGCAGAGCCGUAUCCCAAAGACGAAGGCGCAGCGAUCGAUGAAGGGCAUGCAUUCCGACUUGUCCGCUUCGAGCCUCAGCAUCAACUCGUUCCAGUCCAACGGCACUGGUGAAGGCAUCUUCUUCGAUGCCGAUGCUGCUGAUGGGUCCAUGAACGAAGAUGAAGCACAGGAUGAAUCCCAAACUGGUUCAUCUGAUGGAGUCGACGAAGACGACUCGGAGGAGUCCGACCGUGAGGACGACGGAAAGCCAGUGCAGGGCGAAGGCAAGACGAAGCCUUCUUCUGAUCAGGUUCAGUACCGCAAGCAGCUGCCAAGCAAGGUCUCGGGUGAAGAGACUUCUCUCUUCUCCAUGCUCAAGAAGAAUGCUGGCAAAGACCUCUCCACCAUCUCUUUCCCCGUAUCCUUCAACUGCCCCCUCUCCCUCCUCCAGGCUGCCUGCGAAGAGAUGGAGUAUGCUCCUGAUCUUCUCGAGCGAGCCAGCGAGACAAAGGAUUGGGUGGAGCGCAUCUGUCUCGUUACCGCAUUUGCAGUGAGCAGCUACUCCUCGACGAAGCUGCGAGCCAGUCGCAAGCCUUUCAAUCCCCUACUGGGUGAAACGUUCGAGUGCGUAAGAGAAGACAAGCACCUUCGCUUCAUUGCCGAAAAGGUGGUGCACCAGCCACCCAUCGUCGCCUCGUACGCCGAGGGCAACGGCUGGCACCUGAGUGCUUGGAGCGCAGUGAAGAACAAGUUCUGGGGUAAAUCCAUGGAAUUGAUCCCCGAGGGUCAAUCUCGACUGGAAUUCGAUGACGGCGAUGCCUUUACCUUCAACAAGCCCAGCUCCUUUAUGCGAAACCUCCUGGCGGGCAACAAGUACCUCGAGCACGUUGGAGAGUUGACCGUGACCAAUGCCAACACGGGUCAAAAGGCCGUCGUGGAGUUCAAGGAGGGCAACAUGUGGGGCUCUACUGGCUCUCGCAACGCAGUGCAAGGAGACGUAUACGACGAGAAUGGCAAGAAGGUCACUGGACUCAAGGGCAAAUGGUCGGACAAUUUCGCCCGUCAAAAGGACAAGGAAAACUAUCAGGUGCUUUGGGAAGCGGCAGAAAUGCCUCCUUCGGCAGAAGACUACUAUGGUUUCACCUACUUUGCCAUGAGCCUCAAUGAACUCACCGAUGACGCUAAGCCUUUCCUUCCCCCAACCGAUACGCGUCUACGACCUGACCAACGAGCCUUUGAAGAAGGUGAUGUAGACAAGGCAGAACAGACGAAGCAAUCCCUCGAAGGUUCUCAACGGGAGAGGAGGAAAAAGAUGGAAAGUAAGAAACAAAAGCAUGAACCUAGAUGGUUCCAUGAGGCUAAAGGAGAAGAACCAGAGUGGAAGUAUGGAGGGAAAAUGGGAGAGUACUUUGCAAAGAGGAAGGAAAUUGAAGAGGGCGCAGAGGGGAAAAAGGCUUGGAAGGGGGUGCCAGACCUUUUCAAUGAGUAAGAGUAAGAGUGAGAAUGAGGAGGAGGAGGAGGAAGAGGGAACGUGUAAGAGGGCUGAAGAGUCCAAGGAAAGGUGGGUGAGGCCUAUUUGCCUGUAUCCAUGUCCAUGUCCGCGUCCGUGUCUAUG